AUGAUCCAACACAGUUACAGAGAUUUACCAGUUAGAUUUGCUGAUUUUGGUGUCUUACACAGAAAUGAAGUACAUGGUGCUUUGAGUGGAUUGACCAGAGUUCGUCGUUUCUAAUAGGAUGAUGCACAUAUCUUCUGUAGAAUGGAUCAAAUCUAAGAAGAAAUCAAGAGUUGUCUUGAUUUCUUAAGUUACAUCUAUUCACUCUUUGGAUUCGAAUUCAAAUUGUAUUUGAGUACUCGUCCUGAAAAAUUCUUGGGAACCAAAGAAGUCUGGGAUAAUGCUGAAUAUCAAUUAGAAUAAGGAUUAAAGAAAUUUGGAAAACCCUUCGAAGUCAAUCCUGGAGAUGGUGCUUUCUAUGGACCAAAAAUUGAUGUCAAAUUAUAUGAUGCCUACAAGAGAGAACACUAAUGUGGUACCAUUCAAUUAGAUUUCAAUUUACCUGAAAGAUUUAAUUUGUAAUACAGAGCCAGCGAAGAUGUUUAAGAAGUCUAAUAGGAUAAGGAAUAACUUCAUAAUGAAUAAGUGUAGGCUGCCUAAGAAAUCAUUGAUGUGACACUGAUAAUACUAUUCCUUCUUAAAAUCCUUAACAAUAACCUGUUGAAGACCCAGUUUAAGAAAAAGCUCCACAAGAAUAGAAUGUUAAGAAAUAAAAGAAAUAAAAAUAAUAAAAAGAACCAUAAUAAUAAUAAUAAGAUUAACACAAAAAAUAAAAAUUGCCUGAAGAUAUUAUUGAAUCUGGUUCAAGUCAAGGAUUAUCACAACAUGAAUUACACAAAGUCUUACACGGUAUAACUUCAUUUAUUAUAUUUUCUAGAAAAGAAAUACGAAUUGGGAUAUCAUCAUUUAAAGGCAGGAUUUGCAAGACCAGUCAUUGUCCAUAGAGCUAUCUUGGGAUCA